AUGGCCAGGCGCACCUCGGAUCGCUUUGUCAUCAACAUGUUUCCACAACCAGUCCAAAUGGAUCCGCAAUUUGCCGACAACAUCUGGAGCACCAUACGCCACGCGAUUUCCGAAAUUAUGAACCGCAACAUUUCCAACCUCUCCUUUGAGCAACUCUACCGUUUUUCCUACAACAUGCUCCUGCACAAGCACGGCGAUUUUCUAUACAAGGGCCUGCUUGACCUCCUCACAGAGCACUUGCAAGGCGUCGCCGCUCUCAUCAGCGACGCAGAUUCCGAAGAUUUCCUCCCGGAGAUCAAGCGUCAGUGGGGCUGGUUUUCCCUCUCCCUGGCAGAUGUACGCGACGUCCUCAUGUACAUGGACAGGCAUUAUGUCAAGAGCAAGCAAAAGAAAACUGUGCAUGAGCUGGGCUUGUCCCUCUUUCGUGACGUCGUUAUUCGCAAGUCUACCAUUCUCCCACGACUCACGGGCACUUUGCUCGGUAGUAUCGAUAAGGAGAGGAAUGGCGAAGCAGUGGAUACCCAUUUGAUACGCGCCAUCACGCGUAUGCUGGCUGAGUUGGGCAACGACAAGCUUGGCAAGUCAUUCUACGUCAAUGUCUUUGAGGAAGAUUUCCUUGAACGCACGAAGCGCUUUUACGCACGCGAGGCACGUUUGUACUUAUCAGAGACUACUUGUUCGGAUUACUUGAGAAAGGCCAAUAAGCGCAUCCAGGAGGAGCACAUGCGCGUUGAAUCUUAUCUGGAACCGCGAACGGAUUCUAGGGUUCGCAAGGUGGCAGAGGUUGAGCUCAUAUCCAAGUAUAUGACUCGUCUCGUCGAUAUGGAGAACUCCGGGUUGAUUUGGAUGCUGCGAAACGACAAGAUUGCAGAUCUUCGCCUGAUGUACUCUCUUUUCCGCGACAUAAAGAAGGGGGAGGAAACGUUGCGCACGAAGCUAAAGGACGAAGUCUUGGAACGGGGCACAGACCUUGUCCAGGAUCCUGAGAACAUCAGAGACCCUGCUUCGCUUAUCAACGCAAUACUUGCUCUCAAGGACAAGUACGACAAGAUUAUCAAUUAUGCAUUCUACGUGCCCGCGACGGGUUCCUCUGAGGUUGUCACGAACGCGGCUGGCAGUACAAAUAAUGCCGUCGGUCAUGCAGACCAUGCAGGAGCAACGUUUGAGAAGCGUGCCUUUUCUUCCAGCGGAAAUGAGGCAGCGUUGAAUGUGACUACGUCGGAUUCAUCGGUUGCACGUUCGUCUAUGCCCACUAGUGGAGCAUCCAUGUCAAUUACUGGCGCGACGAACGACACUGCUGUUGCGAUUUUGCCGUAUGCCGAUAAACAUCCCGACAAGCGAUUUGUUUCUGCCGUCAACGAAGCUUUUGAACGUUUCAUCAACAGUUUUUCGAGGGCGGCGGAAUACAUUUCACUCUAUGUUGACAGGCUUCUACGAAAGGAUCUGAAGGGCAGCAAUGACGAUGAAAUCGAGGACAAGCUGGAUGCCGUCAUGACACUGUUCCGCUAUCUACAUGAAAAGGAUGAGUUCGAGAGGUACUAUAAGCAGCACCUCACAAAGAGGCUCCUCCAUGCUCGGACGGCUUCCUCUGAUGCCGAGCGAAGCUUUAUCAGUAAGAUGAAAACAGAGUGCGGAUACAUGUAUACUUCUAAAAUGGAGGUCAUGUUCAACGACAUGAAAACUAGUGAGGAAACGUCGAAAGCAUUCAAGUCAAAGAUUAUAGCAGAACACACAGACAUGCGGGGGAUUGAUCUUAGCGUUGCAGUUUUGACGACGAUGAGUUGGCCAGUGACUACCGCACCUGACGUUGUCCUUCCGUCUGCUGCAGUGCAUUGCACGAACAAAUUUGAGGACUACUAUUACGGGCAGCACGAAGGGAGGCGACUGACAUGGCAAAAUUCUCUAGGAACAACUGAAAUCCGGGCUAGAUUUAAGGACAGGUCACGGGAGUAUGAUUUGUACUCGGUUUCAGUAUAUUCAAUGUGCGUACUGAUGCUUUUCAACGACGCUGACUGCUUGACAUACCAGCAGAUAGCUGAUGCAACAAGAAUUCCGGAAAAAGACCUCAUUCGCCAUUUGCAGAGCGUGUCCCUAACCAAAUACCGAGUGCUCAGGAAGGAUCCUCUAGAAAAGGACGUGAAACCAACAGAUAAAUUUUAUUUCAACGAUGACUUUUCCUGUCGCAGCAGACGGGUCAAGAUGCAGGUCAUUUCAGCUAAGAAGGAGGAUGAAAGGGAAAGAAAUCAAACGAAGGGACGAAUUGACGAUGACCGUCGACCAGUCAUCGACACGGCCAUAGUUCGCAUCAUGAAGCAUCGGAAAGUGCUCGAACAUAACAAGCUCAUCGUGGAGGUGACGUCACAACUAACAUCAAGUUUCGAACCGAACCCACAAGACAUCAAGAAGAGAAUAGAAAGUUUAGUGGAUCGAGAAUAUUUGGAGAGACAGAAGGACAACCGGCAAGUGUAUCAGUACCUCGCAUAGGAGGAACAGCUGGAGCUGACUUCGUUUCGCAUUGUAUAGUUAUUAGGGCCGCUGUGGUAGCUCGCUAGGAGGUGGCGAUUAUGAGCAAGUUGCUUCAGUGACUGAUUCCCAUGUGUGCAAUUUUGAGAGUGCCUCGACUCUUGAUGCAUUCUGGAAUUGCGCAAGGUUACUAGGGGUAUUAAACAUCGUCAAGCCAUUUGUCGAAGUCGUCUGCUUCGUCAGAAACA